GCGCAGGAACGAGGGGCAUGCCAAGCCUCGCGAUCUGCAGGUGCAGCUUCGACAGCUUCCACGACUUUCGAGAAGUUUGUUUGUGACUUCAUUUCGCACAACGCAAAAAACUGACUUUGUUCCUUCGACGACUGUACACAAACUUUUGGUGACCACUCGACUCCCAACUCUUCUUGGACGACUGCGACAUCCCCGAAGUCAACCACCACCGACUGCCAUCACCAUGGCUCCACGCAGCAAGGUCUUCUUCGAUAUCUCCAUUGGCGGCAAGCCAGCCGGCAAAGUCGUGUUCGAGCUUUACAAUGACAUCGUUCCAAAGACGGCUGAGAACUUCCGGGCUCUUUGCACAGGCGAAAAGGGCAAUGGCAAGUCCGGAGUACCGCUCCACUACAAAGGCUCAGGAUUUCACCGUGUGAUCAAGAGCUUCAUGAUCCAGGGUGGUGACUUCACUGCGGGCAACGGCACUGGCGGAGAGAGCAUCUAUGGUGAGAAGUUCGACGAUGAGAACUUCCAGCUCAAGCACGAGAAGCCGUUCUUGCUGAGCAUGGCCAAUGCCGGGCCAGGCACCAACGGCAGCCAGUUCUUCGUGACGACAGUGCCAACACCACACUUGGACGGAAAGCACGUCGUGUUUGGAGAAGUGAUUGCUGGAAAGAGCAUUGUGCGCGAGGUGGAGAACAACCCGACAGGCAGCAAUGACAAGCCAGAGAAGGACGUUGUCGUCGAGGACUGCGGCGAGCUGCCAGAAGGAACUGACAUCUCGGAGUUCACGAAGAAGGCGCCUGAUAGCACUGGCGACACAUACGAGGACUUCCCUGAAGAUCAAGAGAAGGCAGGCGAGGAGUGGAAGGGCACGGAGAUUGUGGAGAUUGCGACGAACCUGAAGGAGAUGGGAAACAAGGCAUUUAAGGCUGGCGAGCUGGAGCUUGGUCUGUCCAAAUACCAGAAGGCAUUGCGGUACCUGCAAGAGUACCCGACACCACUCGACGGCGAUCCAGCAGAUCUCGGCGCACAGCUCACCAAGCUGAAGGUUUCGCUGCAUACCAACAGCUCGUUGCUGCAAUUCAAGCUGGGCCAGUACAGACCUUCAUACGACUCGGCAGAUAAGGCAUUCCUCGUGGCCAACAUCUCAGACGCAGAGAAGGCGAAGGCACUCUUCCGCAAGGGUGUCGCUCUGAAGGCUUCUAAGGACGAAGAAGGUGCACAGCAGUUCCUUGAGCAGGCUCAUCAACUCGUGCCAAGCGAUGCGGCGAUCAACAACGAGUUGGCCGCUGUCAAGAAGGCUGCUGCUGAUCGCAAGGCGAAGGAGCGCAAAGCCUUUAGCAAAGCUUUUGCGUAGAUCCUCGCUUACGAUUGACGAUGAUGGAUGGUGUCUGGCAGGGACAAGGUCCGCCAUGCGCGUACCGAAGACCAUCUACCCCACAAGCUGUCUAUGGUCUGCCACAUGCCACGCGAACAGUGGCCGGUUUGGGACGAGGGCGCAAGCCUACAUUUAGAGAUGAUGCUUUCUGACUAGCGUUUUGAGCAUCAAAUGAAAACGAUCUUCCAAAAUGGGAAUUCGAUCGAUAUGAGAUCAGAUGAGUACGACUGGAAAGACAAAAACUACAACCAAUGAA